UCCCACUUUAAAUGUACUGAUUUUGGAAUGUUGAAUCAACAGGCUCAGCAACAACACUGAAUUCGGCUAAAGACUUUUGCUCUCGGUGAAUUAGUAAUGAAUGCAAUGUGGUUCCCCUCUAUUUAUGGAAGUCUUGAAGUCCAAGCAUGAAAUGAACGCCCCGAUCGUGGCAAAUCUGCUUCAGGUGAAGAAGUUAUGGCCUCCCAAACUUGAGCACCAAGACUAUCUAAACUUGGUUGACAAGUCCAAAACAACUUUAGCUAACUACAUUGUUUGACUAGGUCUUCUUGAUUCUUUCUCAUCCUUUUUUAUUCCUGAUUAUGUUGUAUAUAUAAGACUAUAUAUCACAUAAUAGGAUGAGAAAUAAACCUUGAUGAAGAAGGAAAUAAUCCAAAUUAUUAGAGUUAUAAAAUUAACUCUAAUAAAAACAUUAUCAAAAUCUAACUCAGAAGAUAAAAGGACCAUUUAUUACAAAUUACAAACGAAAAUUCUCAACCUUUAUCCUUUUCCAGUCGGUGAACUAGUACCUUGUUUCCUUGAAGCUACGAACUAUGCAAAAUCAACGUCAUCAUCAACUACAAGAAUUCUAAUGUGAACAUAUCAUAGUGAAAUCAAGGAAUAAGGCCAACUUGGGCAGUUUCUUGGAAAGGAAUAAAUCUUGUCUAGCUGUAUCACCCACUAGGCCACUACCACUAGUAUAAAGUUAUAAAUGAUUUCAAAUAAAAGGCACAACUAUAAAAGCCACAUAUUAGCUAACUGUAUAGUUUCAUAAUUUUCUUACCUCCACCAUCAAUGGACGUAAGGCUACAUGGCAUGUGGGCAAGCCCGUAUGUGAUUAGAGUGAUAUGGGCACUGAAGCUGAAAGGCGUGGAGUAUGAGUACAUCGAAGAAGAUCUCUCCAACAAGAGUGCCGCCAUCUUGGAGUUCAAUCCGGUUCACAAGAAGGUUCCGGUGCUCGUUCACAACGGAAAGCCCAUAGUGGAGUCGGCAGUGAUCCUGCAGUACAUCGAAGACACAUGGCCCGACAGGACACCCUUACUGCCAGAAGAUCCUUACGAGAGAGCCAUGGCUCGAUUUUGGAUCGAUUUCGGGCAGAAAAAGAGCCUUACAUUUUUCGCCUUCUUUCUGACUUCGGAAGAGGACAAACACAAGACAGCAACACAGGUACUGGAGACUCUGAAAAUCAUUGAAGAUGAGGCCCUCGGAGACAAGAAGUUCUUUGGGGGAAACACAAUCAAUGUGGUGGACCUAUUCUACGGAUGGCUCGCCUACUCGUUCGGAUGCAUGGAACAAAUCAGUGGAGUACAGGUUCUGCAACCGGAAACUCUUCCUCGGCUGCACCGAUGGACGCUGGAUUUCAAACAAGAACCUGCAAUCAAGGAAAAUCUGCCAGACGGCACAGCCCUGUUGGAACACUUCCAAGGGGUAACAAAGAGGUUAAAGUCGAGCAACAGAUUCAAGGCAUGAUAACUUUAAAGAAAAUAGUCACAUUAUGGAAUAAAUUUUGAUGUAUGUCUGAAUUCUGAUUGCUAUCAGUUCUAGGACAUAAAUAGACUAAAUUGAUUGUUAUGUGGA